CCCACGCCUGCACCACACCUCAGCGCAUACACACCAUACUCCCACAUAUGUGCGCAAUGUUACCUCCCGAUAAAAAGUUUCGCCUGGCCUCGCUGUUAUGCCGGGCAUCAGAACUGCUCUCUUCGUCGCCCUCCAAGCCAUAGCCCUCGCAAUCUUCCUACAGCGAGCUUCUAAAAUGACCACAACCGCACCCACGCCCGACAAGCCGUGGGCUGAUGCGCCUUGCCCGUUGGUAAAGACGCCACAGUUUGCGACGAAGAAGACCGAUAUCUUCACGCUGGGUGCAACGCACAUGGCGCAUAUCCACAAUGCGAUUCUCCGCGGCUACAACUCGAUAUACCAGCAAGCUCCUCACGUAACGCACGAGGACAAGCCCGAAUUCAUCGGCUACGCGCAAGCGUGGUUUCGCUUCGUCAAGAGCCACCAUGACGACGAGGAGCUGGAGCUGUUUCCCAAGGUAGAGGAGGUUCUCGGCACGAAGGGCAUUUGGGACGAGACACACAAGGAGCAUGAGUCCUUCCUCGCUGGCCUGUCGCAGUUCAACGACUACCUCUCCCAGCUCCCCGAGCCCUUCGACUUCAACGGAACCGAACUACGCCGCAUCAUGUCCUCUUUCCAAGACGCCUUUAAUCAUCAUUUCCACUCCGAAAUCUCUACCAUUGCAGCAUUCGCCGACUUGCCAUCCGCACCGACGCCCUCGUCACCGGAGGCCGACCGCGCGGCCGCAAUAUUCAAGGCAUGGGGGAAGAAAACAGUGACGAAAGCGGGAUAUACGGACGUUGUGCCGUUCUUUCUGUUGAACUUGGAUACAACGUAUGAGGAUGGGACGUGGGCGACGUGGCCGCCUAUGCCAGCACCCAUUAGGUGGGGUCUAGUGAAUAUUGCAGGGGCGUAUCAUUGGGGUUGGUGGAAGUUUGCGAGCUGCGAUUCCGCAGGAAAGCCGAGGGCGCUGUACGCGCUGCAGUUUCCAGAGAACAAGUGACGGCAUAGAUAACAAGCAGAGCGAUUGAGGUUUGGCCUUCGAUGUUGUCUUAGCACUUACGAUCAUAUUAGGUUUAUUAA